AAACGACAGUCUCUACAAUAUUUUAAUCUCAUCUGAUGUUGGUUCCAUCCAUAUCCUUCUUGGCUUCUUCAGUUCUUCCCCAUCAUCAAGAGGGUGGCCAAGCUGCUCACUCCAUUAUUUCUGGCUAUUUCUCUCCGGCCGGGCAAACAAGUUGGCUUCAUCUGCAUACAUCGCGUGCUCUGCUGCUCUCCAACUGCCGUAGCAUGGAGAACAAGGGACAUGAUGAACCAUCCAAACUACCGUACCAAUUUCUAAAGCAGAUCACAAAUGAUUUUCAUAAGAAUCGAAUACUUGGGAGUGGUGGAUUCGGAACAGUUUACAAGGGUGUCCUUGAGAACGGUGGAGAGAUUGCCGUGAAGGUACUACAUAACUUUUCAGGAUUGGAUGACACAGAAUUUCACAAAGAGUUCGACAAUCUAAGGGGCCUCAAGCAUCCAAAUAUUGUGGAGUUAGUGGGCUUCUGCAAUGAAUCGGAGGAAGAACUUGUGGUGUUCGAAGGGAAACACGUUACUGCUGAGCGUUUGCGUAUGGCGCUCUGCUUUGAGUAUGUACAUAAUGGUAGCCUAAGCAAGCAUAUUUCUGAUGAAUGUAUGGGAUUUACCUGGCAUACACGUUACAGAAUAAUCAAAGGGAUUUGUAAUGGCUUAAAAUAUCUCCACGAGGGAGUGCAGUCCCCAAUAAUGCAUUUCGACUUAAAACCCGAUAAUAUACUGUUAGAUAAGAAUAUGAUGCCGAAAAUUGCAGAUUUCGGUUUAUCAAAGCUCUUUGGUGAAGAAAACACAAAUCAGAUGAUAAGUUCCGUAGGUACAUGCGGAUAUUGGCCACCAGAGUAUAUAAAGCAUCAAAUAGUAUCAAGAGAGUUUGACAUAUUCAGUUUGGGUGUUAUCAUAGUAAAGAUAAUGACCGGAUAUGGAGGCUACAAUUCAAUUGUUGAGAUGACAACCCGGAAGUUUGUUCAGCUUGUACAUGAAAGUUGGAGAAAAAGGUUAUGGGAAACACUGAAUCAGAAUCCAAUAUUUGAGGUACAUGAAAGUUGGAGAAAAAGGUUGUGCGAAACGAAUCACAUUUCAAUCGAAGUAUACUGCAACCAGGUGAAAAUAUGCAUUGAGAUAGCAUUAGAUUGCUUGAAGACAAACCGACAAGAAAGGCCUACUAUAAAUGAUAUCAUUUCAAGUUUGAAUGAGACUGAAACAAUAAUUGGUGAACGAGGGAUGCAAAAUGAACAGUUAUAUCAAGACAACAUAGAGUACACCCUUCCUUCUGAGGUCAACAACAUCAACAUCCGCGCACCUUCUUCAGAUCACCGUGUACCCAAGUUUAAGCCUGUGGAGCCUCAGGCUAUGCCGUUCAACAGACUGCAAAGCCUCACUAAUGAUUUCUCUUACAAGCGAUUACUUGGUCAACGGCCGUUCGGAAAUGUUUACAAGGGAGUCUACGGGAAUGGACAACUCAUUGCUGUAAGGAUGGUGCGUGUCUUACGAAGAUUUAAGCACACUGACAUGCGAGAACUUGUAACACUCAUGAAUGUCCAUCAUCAGAAUAUCGUACAAUUAGUUGGCUACAGCUUGGAAAGAAAAGAAUGUGUUGUGCCAUUCGGGGGAAGAUAUUUAUAUUGUCAGCGCAUGCAUAUGGCGAUGUGCUUCGAGUAUUUUUCAAAUGGAUCCCUUGAUCAGUACAUUUCAGAAAUAAGUUGUGGACUUGAUUGGCAGACACGGUAUGGAAUAUUUAAAGGCAUAUGUGAGGGUUUAAAACACCUCCAUGAGGGAUUGAAAAAUCCUAUCAUCCACACGAAUCUAAAACUUAGAAAUAUAUUGCUGGAUGAGAACAUGAUACCAAAAAUAGGCGAUUUCGGUAUCCCAAGAUUCCUUAAUGAAGAAAAGGGCAGGAGCACAGACGAUCUACACCCACAGGGUUUGACAACAAAUAAGUAUGGAUACAUGCCUCCAGAAUUCGUUCAAAGACAGGUAGUCACGAAAAAGUUUGACAUAUACAGCCUGGGUGUUAUAGCCAUAGAACUGAUGACUGGGACCAGAUUGGGGUUUCUUGAUAUGAACCUUCAUCAUAUUUCUUCUAUGCAGUUUAUCGAGGAGGCACAUGAAGAAUGGAGGGAGAGGCUACAGAAAACAGUGCAUGUCACGUCAGUUGAAGGUUAUUGCCAACAAGUUAAGAAAUGCUUGGAGAUAGGGUUGAGUUGUGUGGAGCAUGAAAUAUACAGGAGACCUGCCAUCACCAAUAUCCUUAAUAUGAUCAAUGAGACAGAAACCUUGAUUAACUGCGAGUUGCUUGACGUCCACCCCAUGGAGCUCUGCUUCCUCCCAUUCAUGUCGUUCGAAUCAAACAAGAAAGCCAUGAUCUCCUGCACACUGGAGCUUAACAAUAGGGGAGACGAUCAAGUCGCAUUCAUGCUUGUGGCUAACAGGCCCAAGAGGUACUUGACAAAGAAGCCACUCUGUGGCAUUGUGCCACCAAGGUGCACCUACACCCUCACUCUCACAAUGAUGCCCAAUAAGAUCAUGCAGCCACCGCCGCUGUUGGACUGCAGCGACUUCUUCACACUGUAUAGCGUCAUGGUGGGACAAUACGACCUUAGGGAUGUUGAGAAAGAUUCCGUCUUGGUCCAGUACAGAAACUUCUUUAAGAAAGCCAAAGAGAAGGCGACACGCGAUGAGGUGCAAGAGGUAACGUUGAAGGUUCGUUGUUAUCAACUAGAUGAUCAUGGGCCUCCACAAAAAAAACAAAGAAGACAAGCUGAUCAUGUCACAUCUUCUGUGGCAAUUAGAAGUCUGCAGAUUAUAGGAAUGCCCCAUGCUCAGCAAGUUUUAUUCAUAGAUGUGCAUCCAACGGAGCCAUGGAUCAUGACAACUAAUCAUGUUGGGAGCCUUCGUCUUUGGAACUACUACAAGAACACGCUGGAGAUGAUGAACACCUUUCAGUUAGUGGCAUAUGAACCAGUUCAUGCAGCUAAAUUUAUUGUACGAGAGAAAUGGCUCGUUGCCGGUGAUAGAAAUGGGGACAUCCAUGUGUACAGUUACGAACAAGACACAUAUUUUAAGAGCUUUGAUGCUCAUAAUAGUUGUAUCACAACAUUGGCUGUGCAUCCGACAGAUUCAUUUGUGCUAUCAUCAUCUGAUGACGAUGAUCACAUGAUUAAGCUUUGGGACUGGAAUAAGGACUGGAAAUGCACCCGAACAUUUCAGGGGCACACUGACAGAGUGACACAGGUAACGUAUAACCCAAAGGACAAGGACAGUUUCGCUAGUGCUUCCUGGGAUGGCACGGUCAAGAUCUGGAGUAUUUCUUCUGAUGACCCUGGUAACGUCAUUACUUUGAAAUUAGAGGGGAGUGUUGAAAGCCUGCUCUGUGUUGAUUACUUCACACGACGUGAUCAGCAGCAUCUGAUCGUAGGCUGCAAGGAUAGGACUGCACAGAUCUGGAAAGCGGGGAUGAAAAUAUGUGUUGAUAAGCUAGAAGGCCAUGCCGAUCAUAUCAGUACCGUCAAUUUGCAUCCGGAGUUUCCAGUGCUAAUUACAGGUUCACUUGACGGGACCAUACGCAUAUGGAACUCUACUACCUACAAGCUUGAGAACAUAAUUGAUUUCAACCUUGGUGCAGUUUAUGAUGUGGGAUGUAUAGAGGGCUCAAGAAGGAUCGUGGUUGGGUGUCACCAAGGAAUAGCAAUGAUGAAACUUUCUUCGCCUUGAAGAUAAUGGUGGUACCUGAGGAACAGAACAAGAAAAAUAAGCCAGGCCAAAUUUAGUGAGCUCUGGUUGUUAAAAGCCAUCUAAAAUUAUAUAUAUAUAUAUAUAUGUAUAUGUAUAUAUAUAUAUAUAUAUAUAUAUAUAUAUUAGAAAUGAUCUAAUUGUACUCGCUGAAGAUAAUGGUGAUACCAGAGGAACAAAACAAGAAAAUAAGCCAGGACAAAUUUAGUGCCAAAAGAGCAUGGGCUCCUUGCAUUGUGGCCGUACGAUGAGGUAUCAAGAUUGUGCAACUGAUUGGUCUGUAUUGUCGGCUUUGACCUGUUAUCGUAGAUAUAUUUUG